UUAACUACUGUGUGGUUUUGAGCCUUUCACUUUCAUUUUAACAUGUUUUUACAGUAAAAGAGAGACCAAACUAAACUAGCCUACUGUUGUGAUCAUCAUCUUCCUCCUACCUCUCUUUUAUGCAAGAUGGGUGAGUUUCGAGAAGCUUAUGUCUCCUCGUCUCCUCUACGCACACCGUCGCAAUCACCUAACUUCAGUCUUCUACGUCAAAACUACUUUCAUGGAGAUUUCUCUUUAAACUCGUCGUCGGAUUAUUCUCUGUCGAGUUCCUUCUCUAACGGGUUCUCUUCUUCCGAUGACAGUUCUUCUUCUCCCUUCGCUUCACCUCCGUUCAACGGGAUCAUCCCUAUCCACAACCACGCCACUUAUCAUCAUCAUGAGCCACUGCUUUAUAAAAAUCAUGAGAAGAGUGUUCAUGGUGAUGAUACGGGUCUAUGCGACGAUCUCUACAGCAUGAAAAUCACCGAGGAGACAGAAACUCACGGAGGCUUUUCAUGGUUGAACAACAAUCAAGAUUCCGACCAAAACAUAAACUACAACAAGAGAAACAUGUUUGGGAACCAAACUCAUGAUUCCAUAACCAACACUCGCCAGUUCGGUUGGCCUAGCUACUCAAACAGCAACGUUGGUAAUAACAGUCCUUACAUCAAUGGAGGAGGAGUUAGAGAACAUUCAGCUUACUACAGAACAAUGUCAACAUCAGACAUGUCGCCAUUGUUCUGCCAAGGCUCUGAACCAUUUAGCUUGGAUCAUCAGAGAACCAAAUCAUUCAUCUCUGACCAUGGAAACACUAGUCUUCCUAACGUGUGUGACGUUCAGGGAUAUGUGUACUUGAUGGCUAAAGACCAACACGGAUGUAGAUUCUUGCAGAGGAUAUUCGAUGAAGGAACACCUGUUGACGCCUUGGUUAUAUUCAAUGAGGUUAUUCCUCAUGUCGUUGAGCUUAUGAUGGAUCCUUUUGGGAAUUACUUGAUGCAGAAGCUUUUAGAUGUUUGUAAUGAAGAACAAAGGACGCAGAUUGUGCUUGUUGCUACUGCUGAGCCUGGUCAACUUAUCAGGAUAUCUCUCAACGCAUACGGUACUCGAGUUGUUCAGAGAUUAGUGGAAACGAUUAAGACAGGAAAACAAGUUUCUCUUGUGAAAUCGGCGCUGAGACCUGGCUUUCUUGAUUUGAUCAAGGAUUUAAAUGGCAACCAUGUGAUUCAACGUUGCUUGCAAUGCCUAAGCACUGAAGAUAACAAGUUUAUCUUUGACGCAGCGACAAAGUUCUGCACUGAAAUCGCAACACAUCGACAUGGAUGUUGUGUACUCCAAAAAUGCAUUGCUUAUUCAAUGAGACAACAACGAGAGAAGCUGAUCGGUGAAAUCUCUAGAAACAGUCUCCUACUUGCUCAAGACCCCUUUGGGAACUACGCAGUACAAUUCGUUAUAGAGCUGAGGAUACCUUCCGCUGUAGCGAUGAUGUUGAGUCAGUUAAAAGGACAUUACGUACAACUUUCCAUGCAGAAGUUCAGUAGCCACAUGGUGGAAAGAUGUCUCAUGCACUGUCCCGAGAGUCGUCCACAGAUAGUGCGUGAGCUUGUCUCAGUUCCUCACUUUGAUCACCUUCUUCAAGACCCUUACGCUAAUUUCGUCAUCCAAGCCGCUCUUGCUGCCACUAAGGGUCCACUUCAUGCUUCACUGGUGGAAGUCAUAAGACCACAUGCGAUUCUACGUAAUAAUCCUUAUUGCAAAAGGAUUUUCUCGAGGAAUCUAUUGAAGAAGUGAAAGGAUGUGUUGAGACUGUAAGUCUGUAAUUUCAAGACUCUGUUGUUGUUUUUCGUUCUGGUCCCAAGGCUUCGUUUUUAUGAAUAAUCUCUCGUGAAUGUGUCCAGACGCGAAGAGCUCUAUGUUUUGUUUUUGUGUUCUUGUUUCUUGUUCUGUAUUUUUUGCUCUGUUGUUUCUUUUGUUUUGUUGUUGUUUUUGUCUAUGUUAAUUUCAUGUUGUAACAAAAUCGGAUUUUUUAAAUCCGGUUUAAGCUUUGAAUAAUUUUUAUUAAUACAUAAUAAUUUUAAUUAACUGAUGAAGCCCAUUUAUGGCCUCUUAAGUGUUACACACAAGCAACAUUAGGGUUUUAAACAGAACAUUUGAAGCCGCCUCUGUAUAUAUAUAUAUGCACUAAUAGUCUAAUGCUAUUCCAUAAUGAUUUUUUUUUUUUUUUGAUCAAUUUAUAAACAAAUCGCCCACCGUGGGGCUCGAACACACGACCACAAGGUUAAGAGCCUUGCGCUCUACCAUAAUGAUAUACAGAUAUACUGUCGUCGUAAGCGUUUCUUUUAUCCGAUUACAACGGUUCUAAACACUGAUUAGCUCCCGUUUUUAUGGCUUCACAUGUUUCUGAGUUGAGAAAUAAGGGUUAGUUUUUUCCUUUCUUUGCUUGUGGGUUGGUUUCUUGGAUAUAAAGAUUGCCUCUUCUUUCAGCAGCAAGAUCUAUUCUUGUUAGCUUUGUUCUGGAGGCACAUAUCACUUCAUCAUCCUGGAGGGAUUUUAUGACUUUACAGAGUUAUCUCUCUGCAAAUACUAUCCUUCUAGUUGGUACAUUUAUCUUCUUUUUCCAAACAUUUAUAUCCAUCACUUCCAAAACAUUAUCAGUGAAAAUAAAAACAAAGAAAAGAUACCAGAAUUUAUUCUGGGAAUUAAAUUAUGUCCACGUGUCGAAACGGUCGUCCCGUAUUGUCAGGCCAUUGCCUUACGGAUGUCCACUCAGUUGAUACCCUUUAAACACAUGAAGAUAAGUUGUCAAUACGAUCAAGUACAUUUCGUUCGUUCUCGAAAGAGAGACUUAAAAGGCCCAUUUGUUUAAUGUGAGACAUUUAAAUGUUCAUAGCUCAUAUAAAUCUUUUUUACACAUUACAACUUCCACAUUUAGGUGUGCAUUGUUUCUGUUUUAGUCUGAUCAAUCUAGCCCAAGUUCGAUGGCUAGGUCCGACCCAAUCAUAGCUGUUUCAUUCAAUCAUUCUUGUAUUUUUUUUUCUCCGUCGAUGGUUUGAUAUUCAUUCCUAAGUAAAAAUACAAGAGUUCAUACAUCAGCUGACAGCCUAACGAAACAGUUCCAGAAACAAGAGUCCAUAUGAAAACGGCAACUAGUACCCACACCGGAAUGACUUACGGAAUCAAAACAUAAAAACUAAACCCAUAAUAACGAUUAACUACUACAUUCAAGUUUGAAACAUAUCAGCUCAUCAAACUUUAGAAAUAAGCACAUGCCAAUGAUCGGGGUUUACCGUUGCUGCACAGCGCCCGUCAAACGAUAAUGCCCAAGAACCUGAGACUUCAUAACCCAACAAGAGGGAUCGAAACUCGAUCAACCUAGCCUUCGGAUACGGAUGCGACGCAAUCAUAAACGUCCAUUUACUCUUAGAUAGAAGCCCAACCAAAACACCACAAAGUCGAAGCCUUACCAACCGAACCUUACUGGACACACUCACGGAAAAAUUAGAAACGGACGACAAGCAAUCACUACAAUCAUUCUUGUAUAUUAAAUUGCUUUUCUCAACAUUUGGGAAAGAAUAUUUAGCAAAAUAAAACAUUUGGGAAAGAAGAAAUAAAUAACAAGGCAAGAAUUGUUCAAUUAAUGUUGUGGUAACAUCAAUUAUCUUCUGGUAAAGAUGGAGACUUAGGGGGCGAUUGGUUUUCCCGCUACCACCCGCAAACGCAGCUUUUGCGGUUGGUAGCGGUUGUCGGUGGUUUGCAACAAUCACUCAAAUCGCUCUA